CCGGCCUUGCAAGGCCCCCCCUUGUCAUUGGCAGCCAGGGCGAAGGCGCCGGGGAGAUGUCUUGCUGCGGGAGCGGCGCCGUGGGCGCACGAGGCCUCGGCCGCCUCCUCCUGCUCCUGCAGAAAAAUGGGGUACGGCAUUGUUCCUAUUUGGCCACACGAAAGAAUCUCUACAUCACUAAAGACACAAAGGUCAUUUGUCAGGGUUUUACUGGCAAACAGGGUACCUUUCACAGUCAACAAGCGUUGGAAUAUGGCACCAAUCUAGUAGGAGGGAUUUCUCCUGGCAAAGGGGGCAAAACGCACUUGGGGCUUCCGGUCUUUGACUCCGUGAGGGAGGCUAAAGAGAAAACGGGUGCUUCUGCCUCUGCAAUAUAUGUGCCCCCGCCAUUUGCCGCCGUCGCCAUCAAUGAAGCCAUUGACGCAGAAAUCCCCCUCGUUGUGUGCAUUACAGAAGGUAUUCCCCAGCAGGACAUGGUGCGUGUCAAACACAGAUUGCUUCGUCAGGACAAGACUCGGCUCGUUGGCCCAAAUUGCCCAGGAGUGAUCAACCCUGGAGAAUGUAAAAUUGGUAUCAUGCCUGGCCACAUUCACAAGAAAGGAAGAAUUGGUAUUGUGUCGAGAUCUGGCACUCUGACGUACGAAGCUGUUCAUCAGACAACUCAAGUUGGACUGGGACAAUCCAUCUGUGUUGGGAUUGGAGGAGACCCAUUCAAUGGAACAAAUUUUAUUGACUGUCUGGACGUUUUCCUGAAGGAUCCACACACCGAAGGAAUUAUACUGAUAGGCGAGAUUGGUGGAAACGCAGAAGAAGAUGCCGCUGACUUCCUUAGGGAAAACAAUUCUGGUCCAAACGCCAAGCCAGUCGUCUCGUUUAUAGCUGGAGUCACUGCGCCUCCAGGCAGAAGGAUGGGCCAUGCGGGGGCUAUCAUUGCCGGUGGGAAAGGUGGAGCGAAAGAGAAAAUCGCUGCCCUACAGAAUGCUGGCGUCAUCGUCAGUAUGUCUCCUGCUCAGCUGGGCUCUACUAUAUACAAGGAGUUUGAGAAGAGGAAAAUGCUGUGAGAGGAGGAGGAGGAGGGGGAUCCGUCCGAACAUGCCACUGCAGAAAUAUCACCUCCCUCUGUGCUGCUCACCUGCUGAUUUUUCUUUUCUCGAAUAUAAUUGACAACAGCCUUCUGAAUUCAGCUUUAAAGCCAUCAGGUUUCAUUUCAGUGGCUCCUUUGUCCAGACAUAAUUGUACAUCAUAGCAAACGAAUAAAUCUACCACUAUACUUGA